UCUGAGAGAAUUAUGUAAUGAUUAAUUAUUAAUAAAAAAAUUUUGCAGCGGUUUGCAAAAUUUUUGAUGUUUGACGAUUGCAGUUUUUUAAAUAAAUUUGUUUUUUUUUUGUUUUGUUUUUACGAAUUAUUCGCACACGCACAAAUGCGAGAUCUAUCGAAAAAUAUUUCGAUCACGCGUAAAAUGUACAAUUGUAAGUAUAUAUAUGUACGUAUAUGUUUCAUAAAACUGCAAGAGCAAGUAGGCCUAUAUAUAUAUAUAUAAUAGCUCAACAGUUAAGCAUGAUCGCGAGUAUCGACGUCGUGGCCGCACAUGGCUGGACGUCGUCACGGCUGUUGUAUCUCGACGCACGACACACAAAAGCCAGGAACUCGUCGCGCUCGGAGGGGCAAAGAACAUUUUCAUGGCGUGUAUAAUGCGGCGUGAAGAGGGGAGAAAGUUAACUAACGGAUGACGAGGCACAAUUUCCGUGAGUACGGCAACUCGGGUGACGAGCAGAUUUGGAGCAAGUAGUGCGCCGUGCGUUGGCAAACUCCCAGAACGAGAGUUUGAUGAUUAAUCCUAACCUAUAAGAUUGUUAAAUCCAGUGCAAUGCCCUUAGGAUACGACCGAUAAGAUAAAACUGAAUAAUCUCGGGAGAAGAGAGUGAAAGUUCUCGAGGCGCGAGAUGGCGGCGACCAAACGACGAAGCAUUCAUUCCUCAACUGGCAACACCAAUACGUCUGGCAGCGGUGCGCGUUCGAGUCGCAUGAACUUUCGGCCGAGUUCCGCGCAACAGGAGGACCGUGGCGGCACCCGACCGACAGCGGCGCCGAGCUCGAUUGGUCUCAUCCUCGUCACCAUGCUGCUGCAUCUGUGCAAAAAGUCGCUGCUGUUCGACACCCGGCUAAAGGUGGCCAUCUACUGUGCCGUGAUAUUCACCAUCUCCCUCAUAACGGACUUCUUCGCGCUUCCGCGUACUUACUUCUCCAGAUCCGACAACGCGCUCAAUCAGUAUUUCGUCAAAUGGGGUUGGGGCUGGCUGCUGUCGGUGGUCGUUCCCUGGGUCACACUGACGGCCCACACACUGGGUUGCGGCCGCCGACCGGUUCUGCUGAGACAUCUGGCUCGCAUCGCAAUCGCCACCUUUGCCUGGCUCACUUGGACGAAGCUGUUCACUUACAUCGAGACCAACUUCGGGAGAUGUCUGAACACUCGCGACAUCCAUUUGCAGACGAAGACGAAGUGUCUGCAAUCGGGUAGAUUCUGGAGCGGGCUCGACAUAUCCGGCCACACGUUUAUUUUGAUCUAUUCCAGUUUGAUACUCGCCGAGGAAGGCACAUCUUUGGUGGGAUGGGAGGGUAUCAAGGAUCUGGUUAUGAACGAGGAGCACACGCGUACAACAACCGAGACCAGUACCAGUCCGCUGCGAAAUCUGUCCGACGGCGAUCUGGAGUUUCUGAAGAAAGCGCAUCGGGCUCUCACGCCGUAUUUGCGCGGACUCUUCGUCGCGAUGACGUUGCAGCAGUUAUUGUGGGACAUUAUGCUGGUAUCGACGGUGCUUUAUUAUCACAUCAUGAUCGAAAAGUUUCUCGGUGGCAUAGCCGCGAUCAUUACGUGGUACAUCACGUACCGGUGGUGGUACAAGCUGCCGAAAAGCACGUUGCUAGCACCCGGAGACGGUAUCUUCAGAUACAACAAUGACACAAAAAUAAUCCCGGAGACGAGCGGCAGCGCCAGCAGACCGAGACGUACCACUUUUAACGGCACCGGUCAACCGCCCUCUUUUCACCCAAGGUUCGAACAUUUGGAUUAAUAUCUGAAUGUGAUAUUUUAUAUAAAUGUUCACAAUCGGUAAUAAUCGUAUAUUUCAUACGAUUUCCAAUAGUUUUAAACAAUUGGUUGCGUCGAGAGCGGAGAUGCGGAAUGUGUAAUAUAGAAAAUAUCUGAUCUUGAAGAUCUUCAACUACAUCGGUUCUUCUCGAUUUAAAUACAGAUAUAUCGCAUCGCAUCGGAGACGUGUACAAAUGUAACGCAAUAGUUUUUCUUGAUUUGAGAAAAAAAAAAAACUCUGAUCGCGAUAUAUACGUAGCCUUCCUUGGCUUUUACGUAAUAGUACGCUUCUUCUUUACAUUACAGACGCGUGUGUGCAUUGAGAUGUGUAUUUUCAAAUUUAAGAUUCGGGUGAUCGCGCGUUAAAAAAAUAAAUAUAUAUAAACUUUAAAAUAAUAUAAACUAGAUUGGGGAAAGUAGGUUUGCGUUUGUACUUAUGGGAUAAGAAAAAGAAAAACAUACGUCCGGUUUUUUAUCGGCGACGCUUGUGUAUGGAUUGUUAUACAAAUUUAUAUAUGUUAUUUAAUAAGUAAUUUAAUUUAUAUAUAUAUAUAUAAGUUAUUUAAUCAUAUUGAUUCAAAAAGUUACUUAAAUUUUAUGUCUUUCGAUAAUUGGGAUGUUUUGUUGUAACUUAUAUUUAUAUUUAAUAAAAGUCUGUGUCUUUAACAAAGUGUUUGUUUCUUAAGUUAACAGGACAUGUUUUUGCCGACAUGAAAGAGUAGCGCACAGCCUAAUAUACAUACGCCAUAUUAUAUUUAUACACAGAGAAAAAGUACAAAAUAUAUAUAUGAUUUUUUUCUGUCAUGAAAAAUCUUUCUUUCUUUCUUACGCAUAGUUAAUUAAUCGCUGCAUUUACAAGUACUUUACACACUCUUCCUACUUGUUUUUUUGUUUCAUUUUUUUUUUUUUUUUUUUAUUACUCUUCACAUUGUUAGGCGUAUUUCUAUUUUCGGAUAUUGCUGAUCGUUCGUGUAGCGCUUCUGUGCUAUUGCAGUAAACACCAAGAAAGUUGUUUGUUUUUGUUUUGACUUAUUGUAUCUCGAAAUGACACCAUCUUUGUUUUUUUUUUUUUUUGCUUCGAAAAACAGCUGACACUAAAGUACAUGUAAAUGUAAGAACAUAUAUGUAUAAUAUAUAUGUAUACAAAUUUAUACAUAUACAUAUGUGAUCUAAAACUUCUAAACCAGAAUGUUUAUAUAUAUAUAUCCUAUGGUGUAUUACACACAUUCACAGAGAUAUAAUAAAACUGUUAUUUUUCGUUUGUAAUUCUCGGUGAAGAGACAUUUUGUCUUGUACAACUGAAAAUGAUAGCACCAUCUGUUUUAGAUCGCUUGUUUUAUGAAAAACAAAAAAAAGAAAGAUUUAUAUAUAUGUAUAUAUAUAUAUAUAUAUAUUUAAGCGUAUUUUUUCUCGCAAUAUAAGUGGAACUAAAAGUAGAAAUUAUGAUUUCUCUAAAGGAAGGACGUGAAUAUUGAAAGAAAGUGAACGUUUGUGAAGAAAGAAAGAGAACUCUGACAAACUCUGACAAACUCUGAUAAAAAUGUAUUGCGAAUGUUUGUAUUGUAAUAAAAAAUGGGAACAUUUU